AAAGCCGACCUAGACGGCUCUGUUUGAUUUCUCAUAUCUCCUUUUUUCUUUUCUUUUCUGUUUUCCAAUUUUGUAACAAACACCCUCUUCUUCUCCUUUGCAAAAGGUUUCAUUCAGAUAUGGCAGAAUCAUCAUCAUCAUCAAAACCAAAAACAGGAGGAUCGAGAAUGCCAGCAUUCAUCAAGGUUCAGGAUCUUCGCCCGGGGACUAGUGGACUUAAUCUAACUGUGAAAGUUGUCGAUACGAAGAUGAUAGUGCAGAGGGGUCGUCCUCAACGAAUUGCUGAAAGUUUGGUGGGUGAUGAAACAGCAAUGAUCGUAUUCACAGCCAGAAAUGAUCAAGUGGAUCUGAUGAAAGAGGGAUCUACUCUCAUCCUGCGAAAUGCCAAAAUUGACUUGUUCAAAGGAUCAAUGAGGCUCGCUGUGGACAAGUCUGGCCGUAUUGAAGUCGCUGAACCUGCUUCUUUCACUGUUAAGGAAGAUAAUAACAUGUCCCUUAUUGAAUAUGAAGUCAUCAGAGUUGCAAUCUGAUAAAAGUUUCUUUUAUUGCUCUAAAUAACAAAUUAGGGUUUUGGCUACCAGAUCUUACCUUGUUCUUAUACCUUUUUUUAUUAUCUUUAACUGAUGAUGCAUGAUUACUUUUCUGCUUUCUCGGUGAUUGGAAAAAGUGUCUAAAAUGGACACACAA